UGCUAUUAUCCAAAAUGGACAUUUCUCCCAGAGCCCAACAUUUUUUAGAAUGUGGUAUUGAAGAAUGUGAAAGAAACUGUGAGUUCUAUUGUAACAAUUGCCAUUUAAAAUUAUGCAAACAAUGUAAACGUGAACAUUUGAAAAGUCUAACAAGAAAAAACCAUGAGGUGGUCCUUUACCAGCAACGCAAAAGACAGCUUUCUGUGGAGAAAUGUGAGUCCCAUCCAACUAAAGAUUUGGGCAUGUUCUGUGAAGAAUGCCAAGUUCCAUUAUGUUCUGUUUGCGCCACACAAAAAGAACAUCAAGGGCAUAAUUUAUUUACUGAUCUGGAAACAAUUUUUGCAGAAAAAUAUGCAGACUUUCAAGAUGAAAUCUUUAAAAUCCAGGAGUACUUUCUUCCUACAUUAGAAAAUUUACAGAAAGAAAUUAAAAAAGAUUCCUCUGAAAUCAAACAGAUCAUGAACAACAUCAGAACAUCCAUGAAGACUGAAGGUGAGACCCUGAAAAUCCUGGUGGACACAGUCACAUCUGAGAACAUGAAGCAGGUAGACCAGAUAGAGCAUUCCCUAACAGAGGAUCUAAAUACCCAAGACAAAAUCAUGGAUGAUUACAUCACUUAUCUUAAUAACCUUGUCAAAGAACUUCAUAUAUUCCUGUCCCCUGAAGAAUCCCAGAAAUUACUCUCGCAGAAGAAGCCAAAGAUCCGAUCCAUACCAGAGACAACAAAACCAGUCACACCAGAAUUUACUGCUGGUCAGUACAGCAAAAACGAUAUCACAAAACUGCUUGGAAAAAUACACGCCCCAGACACUAAGGGAGAGAAGAGAGAAAUUAAGUCCAUGGACAGUGUUUACAAUACAGCAAUGAAACCUACACAUAAACAAAUGAAUGAAAACAGAAGUAAAUCUGACGUGAAACAAACAUUGCCUCUACCUGCCUCUGUCGCCAAGGUCAGGGAGUUCAAUGUACCAGGUGUUGAAAGUGUAUACCAUAUCUCUAUAGAUCAAUCAGAUAGACUCUGGAUAAGUGACAAUAAGGGUAAUCUUGUCCAAACAGAUCUACAGGGGAAUGUGAUGCAGAAGAUAGAAACCAGUGGUAAAGGUGAAGGUUACCACACAGUCACACAGGGCGGGGCUCUGAUCUUUACAGACAAAGACAAAAAUACCAUCAAUAGGAUAACAAAGGAUAAUAAUUUCACUGAAAUCAUUAAAACUGCAGACUUGAGUCCACUCAGCAUAUACUCCUCCCACAUUAACGGUGACUUACUGGUGGGGAUGUGGAAGAUUGGAGAGGCUAAAGUCACCAGGUACAAUAAAAUAGGGAAAGAACUACAGAACAUCCAGAAGGAUAACAAAGGACAGGAACUAUAUAGAACACCACACUACAUCACAGAAAACAUCAAUGGAGAUAUCUGUACAUCAGAAAUUAAUAAAGGUGUAGUCGUGGUAAACAAAUCUGGACAACACAGGUUCUCCUACAAAGGUCAGGGGUCAGUAUUCCGUCCCUAUGGAAUCUGUACUGAUGUCCUUGGUCACAUCCUUGUGGUUGAUGGACAUUUUAAAAAUAACACAGUGCACCUCCUUGAUCAGGACGGUCAGUUCUUGUCCCUAUUACUCACACAACAACAAGAAGUGAAGUAUCCCCGUAGUGUUUGUGUGGAUGAUGAGAACAAUCUGUAUGUGGGACAAUUUCUCACGGACACAUUGAAAGUGUACAAGUAUCUCCAGUUAUAA